AUGUUUGCCAACGGAAUCGACUCCUCCAGAAGCGCAGUCGACAACCACUAUGCUCUCCGUCUUCGCGCUGUUCCUACCAUUAGCACCACAGCUAUAUGCGCCGGUCUGCCCCGGACGAGCGAACGACGACGAUCUCUUCAUCGCAUGCUCCAGAUGCCCUUCGAGCCACCAAAUAAGGUAGAGAAGGAAGAGGAAUGCGCCUUCUUCCGGGGAGACUGGAACCUAAUUGGAUUGGGAGAUGGUAACAUGAGCCCCAGGAAGAGAUCUCGGCGAAAAGGGGGUGGCUCUUUUCAUACGCGUUGGACGCCGGCUAUUCGUAUUCAAUCAGAGCAUGAGAUCGUCCUCGUCGCAUCGAAAGCUAAUACAGUAACCGGUGCAGCCAAACUUCGUAAGUGUUGCCUAGCAAGCAUUGGAAACGGUCCAUUGAAAAAUACAUCACACACUACAUGCUGGGGUCCUCGGGCUGCGGACCAAAACAAGAAGCCGCUAUGGCGGCGAAAACUCAUGUGCUAUCGGAGAUGCGGGCACGGCUGGAUUCACCGAACGCAUGAAGCUAUCUGUACAUGA